GACCGGAACAACAAAUUAUGUAAGUUCUAAUUGUAGAUGUCACACUUAUGCGUUUUAUCGGGACCGGUCGAUUCCUGUCGCUGACCGACCGCAACAUGUUGCGGUUUGGCAGGAACCAACUCGACGGGAAGUAUAAACAAAACAUAUUAUAUGCAAUAUGCACGUGCCACAUUGUGCGUUUUAGCGGCUGCGUUUUUUUUUUUUUUUUAUAAAAAAAUUAUAUUGAAAAUUGUAUAAAAAAUUUAUUUUUAAAUUUUUUAAAUUUUUAAAAUAUUUUAAAAUUUUUAAGUUUUUAAAAUAUUUUAAUAUUUUAAACAUUGCAACAUUUUGGCUUUUGCAAUGGUUUUCGAUACUGACAAAUUUAUUUCAUGUAUUCAAAAUAAUCCAUCAAUUUGGGAACUGGGGUCAAAAGAUUAUAUGGAUAGAAAUAUAAAAGAAAAAAGUUGGAACAGUAUUGGGGAAUACUUAUAUGAAAAUUGGACUGAAAAAUCAAAUACAGAAAAAAAAAACACAGUCAAAGAAAUGAAAACCAAAUGGAGACAUAUACGGGACAAUUAUUCAAAGUUUAUCAACCAGGCAAAAAGUGGCGAUAGUGCUACUAAAAAAAAAUAUGUCUAUGCUGAAUCACUUUCAUUUUUACAACAUGUAAUUAAAAAAAGAAGAACAACUGGCAAUUUUAAUGAAUGUGAACAGCAAGACAAUAAUGGGGAAGAAACUGAAGAAGAAGAAGAGAUUAACAUCACUGUGGGUGCAGAUGAAUUUGAAAGAAAUAAAACUUCAACCCCAGAAUCCAGGAGGAAAAAAUUUAAGAAAAAUAAUGUAACACCAUUUCAGCAAGAAUUAUUAAGUGCUUUAAAGAAUACCGAGGAAGAGAAUAAUUCCGAUCCUGAUAGGGCAUUUUUAUUGUCUUUGUUACCAGAUUACAAAAGGUUAACAUAUGAACAAAAAACAGAUUUUCGUUUGAUGACCUUACAAUAUUUUAAACAAAUUUCUUUAGAAGCUAACCAGUCUCAACCAUUAUAUGCUUCACAUCACAAUACAACUUAUCCAAGUGUUUCACAAGCACAUACCUCACAACUAACCUUACCUGUCUUGUCCACAUAUACAUCAGAUUCAACUACAAAAGUACCACCUCGACAGGCUCAACAUUCAAUGGCAUUCCCUCCAUUUCAUUCUUCUAGCUCAUAUUUAUCUGCAGACCAAGAUAAUGCCAAUACAAUUUCUGACUAUUACAGAAAUUAUCAAUAAUAUCUACAAAUCUACUAUUAUCUUUAGUUUAUUUUUUAUUUUGCAUAACAAAGUGAUUGUUUUAUUUUAUAUUUUUAAAAUGUUAUUUGAUGUACCUCUUUUGUUUUAAAUUUUUCAAAAAUGUUAUAUGGUACUAAACCUACUUAGUAUUCUUUAUUUUUUAUUUUGCAUAACAAAGUGAUUGUUUUAUUUUAUAUUUUUAAAAUGUUAUUUGAUGUACCUCUUUUGUUUUAAAUUUUUCAAAAAUGUUAUAUGGUACUAAACCUACUUAGUAUUCUUUAUUUUUAUUUUGCAUAACAAAGUGAUUGUUUUAUUUUAUAUUUUUAAAAUGUUAUUUGAUGUACCUCUCUUGUUUUAAAUUUUUCAAAAAUGUUAUAUGGUACUAAAGCUACUAAAUAUUUUCUUAAGUAUUUAUUUAGACCGACUAAAACAUUUUGAGGGGUGUGAUUGCGUUCUGGAGGUGCAUAAGUUCUCUCCAAAUCUACCCCUAUGGUUGCCAGACUGGGCGAUUGUAAACUCUCCCAGGUCUACUCCAGUACUACCUGACGGAAACAUGUAAACUCUCCCGUGUCUUCAGUACUACUUAUUUAAUUUAAUAAAUAUCAUAAAAAAAAUCUAAUAUAAAUUUUAAUUUAAUUUAAAAAUAGUCAAUCAUACAAUAAUAAUAAUAUAAAUUAACGCCGUUGCUAUGAGAUAUAAUAUAGUCAAAAUACAAUAAAAAAUAAAAAUUUUUAAUUUUUUUUUUCGUCAAUAGAAAGAUAGAUUUUAAAAAACUUAUAGUAUCUAUUUAUAAUCUAAUAUUUUUAUUUUUGACUUAUGAAACGCCAAACACAUGUUUAAAUUUUAGCUAACU